AUGUCUUUAAUGAACUAUUCACUGCCCUUCACAUCGCCAAUUGGGCCUACAGGACCAAAUUGGAGUGCUCUUGCUUCCGGAUUUCAACCUGCAGGAGCAAAUGCUGUCAACGGAUUAAUUUACGAUCCCGCAGCACAUCAACCUGUUCAUCCUCCUCUCGCUCCCGAAUAUUAUCCGAACAAUCCGUAUGCUGCGCCUCCCUUGCGUCAAAAUAAUCCGCAGCAAUCGCAGUUCAACAACAAUCAUUAUUUACCGCCGCAUCCGCAGCAGCAUCAACAACAAAACAGUCGACCAACAACUUCGACGACAAAACACACGGGCUAUCCUCACAGCACGCAACCGCAUCCGCAAUUCCCGCAAACGACGCGCACUUUUGGCGAAAGUAGUUACGGCGCUCGCCAAUCAGAAAAUCAGGAGAAGACUCAGUAUUUUAAUUCGCGCGGAAGAACGCCCCAAACGACGCCGACACAGAACAAUAAUAACAACAGACAGGCGACGAAUAACAAACAAAGCAAGAAUUCUGUGCCCGAUCGACCCGGAGGAUAUGUCAAAGUUCAAGCAGGAAGCGGCGGAAAGACGCAAAGUGUCGCAGUUCUCGACUACGAUGACGAUGAGGAAGAUGAUUAUUACUACGACGACGACGAGAAUGAUGAUCGACCUCAACACCCGCCAAACGUAACUCCCAUCCAAGGCCCAAUUUUCCUUGGCAAUAAUGGAACAGUUCCUGUUGUACCCGUUGUACAAAAUCCCGCAUUACCUAAUAGUUCUUUUGUACAAAUUCCGAUAUGGUGGACUGCAUUAUCUGUGGCAUUAGGUCUAAAUGUGCGCGGCGACGUGAUUCGAGGCGCUCCUUGCAUCAAACGUAAUCAUCAACUAUUUUGCCCGCAAGCUGGAAGUCAAUAUCCAAAAGACAAAAUCGAGGCAUUCAUUGAUGACAACAAAGCGCUGAUGAAACGAAUGUAUGGCGAUUUCGAGAUGAACGAGGAUUACGGAAGUGUUUUGUCGCAAAGUAAAAAGAGGAAACGAAAUACGCGAAGCAACAGCGGCGAUGCAUUUGAACCGGAUUGGGCAGCGGAAAUGUCAGGACCUCCGGGAAGCGGCCCGGAUCCGAUACGCGAAGCAGGACCAACGGGAGACUCGUAUUUUGCUAAAAUUAAACGGAAUAAGCGGCAAAGUCGACAAGGCGGGCGAAAUCGCGGAGGAGGAAUAACGGGAGGCACGGGACGUUCUGAUGCUUGCGAAUCAAAAGUUGAAAUUGUAACUCCGUAUUGGGCUUCAAAUUCAGCAGGAAAAAUUCGAGCAAUUGUUAAUACGCAACAUUUUGAACAAGCAAUUCAUCAAGAAGUUUGCACAAAUGUUCAAACUAAUCGUUGUGCCGGCGAUUGUGGCUGUGAGCAAAAAUACAAAUGGCAUCGACUUCUCGCUUACGAUCCCGAUAACGACUGCAAAGGCAUUUUCAUGGAUUGGUUUUUGUUUCCUUCUUGUUGUGUUUGUCGUUGCGAAAAGCUUCCAUAAAAAAAAUUAAAUUUUUUAAUUAUUUAAACAAAAAAUCAACUUUUCUAUAGUACGUAAAUAUAAAUAA